AUGAGUGACUGCUUCCAAGCCGCGAACGGGCCUCAAUGUGAGAGCCCCGCGAGCGAAGAAGAAUUGAGCAGCCAGGACAAGUCCGAGACCGACACUGAAUCCUCGUCGCAGCCGUCAGAAGAAAGUGUUCCAGCCGAGACAGCUCCCAACGCCGCGCCCUCGGCCGUCGAAGACAUCCACGUUCGGAAGCGGAUGUGCAACUGGACGGCUGUCUGCUGGGAGGCGGCCAUCUUUCUGUUUGCUUUCUUGCUCGGCUCGGUGGUGAUCACUACCUUCGUGUGGGUAGCGACGCCGAACGCGCCUUCCCUGCUCCUCGCGCUGUGGUCCACGGCGUGGCCCAACAGGUCCAUCCAGGCGGCGCCGACAACGACUAGUGAGGGCAUUGAGGCAUUCGACGCAGCCGUGCCCUGGGGCCCGUGCGCCUCGGCCGCUUGCCUCGAGCAGUCACGGCUGCUGCUUCGCCAGCUCAAUGGAACUGUGGACCCGUGUGACGAUUUCUACGAGCACGUGUGUCGCAACUGGGCGCAGGCGCAUCCGCUGCAGCCGGGCCAGGCGGGCGUUUCCGUGGACGACGUGAUGCUGGAGACGUACUCCAACACGCUCGUCACCGCCAUCCGAGACGACCGCGCGGGAUACGCCAACCUGUGCCGCUUCUUCAACGAGUGCCUGGUGCCCGACGAGCGUCUCUACUACGAGCUCAUGGGCCUGCUCCAGAAGUCGGUCGGCCUCAGCGGCUGGAACACCACCGCCAGCAGCAAAAUAGGCGCCGCACAGCUCUCGCAGUUGCUGGGCGCCAUGCAAAGACACCUGGCCAUUGACGUCGUCUUCCGACUUACAAAGGUCGAAGCGGCGUCUGGAAACGGUACUCUGUUAAUUAUUCAGCAGCCUACUACAGUCCUUGUUCGUUCCAAGCAAAGUGCUCAGGAAGAACAACUCUCAAGACAGUACUUCGAACCGUUGCUGGCGUACUUCCGAAGAAGCUUUAAAACUGACGUGUUCAUAUUGGAGAAGCGGUUGGCCAACUUUUUCAGGCGCCGUGAAGAUGAUAAUUUCGACAGAUGCCCCACCUUACAGGUGUCCCAACUGCCAGUCAUGCAAAGGAUUGAAUGGAUUCCUCUUUUACGCAUGGCAUUUGGAGAUGACAAUAUCAGUAAGUCGACUCCAGUGGUACUUGGUGCGCCCGAGUAUGUGUUUGGACUCGCCGUUGAAGAUGCUCUGCCGUCAUCUAGAGAAUUGGUCCACUACAUGCUCUUCCGCCUUGCAAUUCUUCUGUUGCCAUUGAAUUCUGACAGCCGCGUCAGAGACAGCUUUGGUUCUGUCGGUUACGCGAGCUUCCCAGAAAUUCACCGCCCUCUGCGCCAAACAAAGGCUUGCCUUAGAAUUCUGAACCGUUUUGAACCCAACAUACCGCUAUAUUUAUCAAGGGGCUACUCAGAAAGUGUGCUUGGUGGUCGACAGUUCAUCCAGUGGCUUCUAGCUAGGCUUCGUGACGUCUUCCGCGAUCACGUACUCAGAAUUCACUCCUUCAGUAAUGCCCUCCGAGGACGCCUUGUUACGGGACUCGACGCAAUCGCCUGGGAGCCACUGUUCCCCACCAUGCUCCUGAACGACUCAGUACGAGUCCAGUACGCUCGCGAGGCCUACCAGAACAGCAGCGUGUCUACGUCCUCCACUAUGCAUCAGUGGCUAACAAACUCGUCGCAGCGUAGGCUUUCAUGGUCAUGGCGGGGUGGCUUUCUGAGUAGCGAACCCAGACUGUCUUACCCAUACCAGCGGCUCGAAAUUCCGCCGGCCACGUUCAGCCUGAACGUCUACAACGACACGGCGACCGGCGCCCUGCAAAUCGCUAGAAUCGGGCCCCGGAUUUACAGCCGUCUCUUUGAUGUGCUGCAUUCGUGGACGCUUGCGUACGACCAGGGACGUAGGCACCAGCGCAAGUUUGUGCGAAGUUUCGCCAGCGCGCGCAGCUGCCUCGCACAGGAUUACGACCGCAUGUCGUGGCUACGCAAGACCCCGAGCCCUGGCAAUGGGAGCUGGCCUUUGCAGGAUUUGUGGGACGGACUGGCCGUACCACUAGCGUACGAGGCUUUCCUCUUUUACUUGCGCAAGACAGACACAUCGCUGCGCAUGGGCGCCAGCAAAAGGGACUUUCUGGACGCGCCACGCCUCUUCUUUGUGUACUACGCUUCCAGUCUCUGUGAGAACGUCACGCCCAGGCUGGUGCGCUGGAACGCCGCCAACGGGCUCAAGAGCCCGGCCUGGUUCCGCGUCAACGGGCCACUGCGCAACACCCCGCAGUUCGCUGAAGCUUUCCGUUGCAGGGCGAAGACUUUCAUGAACCCUGCGCGAAAGUGCCUCCCAUCUGGCCUGAACUAG